CACGUCCAAAUGACCAAUACCGACAGAAACUCAAUUAAAAUUGUCGAAAUCAGAGUGGCAUCAGUUAUCUCUCGUUGAAGACUCGCCACAAAGUGCUGUACCACCCGAUGGCGCCCACGAAGCGCAAAAGACCGCAUGACGAAGCCCCUGCAGCGCAAUCCAAGUCGCCCACUGAACCUCCGCCGCGACGAACCACUCGCCAUGUCGCAGUAAUCGAAGGGAAACAGUUGCGCAGUGGAAAAUUACGCGCCAAUUCAUUGGAAGCACUCCCGACAAUCUACCCGACAUACAAGGCCACCCGAGCGAGAAAUGUCGACGCGCCGAAGUCCAAGGCGGCUGCUCCCCCACCUCCGACGGCGAAGACGACACGGAGUACACGCGCGCAAGCUGCCGAUGUCUUGAUUCCGGUCGUCAACGGAACAAAUGAGAAGGGGAAGCCAAAGGAGAAAGAAAAAUCGAGGCCUCUUGUCGAAAGACCGAAAUCAAGAGCCGUCGCUGCGCCCAAGGAACCUCCGUCGACAGUUGCUCAACCGAUUCCAGAGCCGAAGCCUGAGACGCAGGCUCCACAAGCGCAAACACCACAAACAACCAACCGCACCACGAAUACAAGACCCCGUCACUCCUCUCGGGCUCAGGCGCCGGCAUCCUCACUUACCGAUCCAGCCGCUGUCUCGGCAGUCACCCCCAAACGCCGUAUCUCCACCUCCAAGUCCAAGAAACCGCCGUCGACGCCACGAUCCGACCGCAACAUCGAUAAAGUCGUGUUGGGCAAUAUCUGCUUCCGCGCCUGGUAUCCGUCGUACUACGACAACCGGGUGUUGGGCGAUGUGUCCGGCAAUGCCGGGGGCAAGGACAACGGUGGAGGAGCCACCAAGAUCGGUGGGGGUAAAAAGGAUAAAGAGGUCUUGCUAGACAGGCUGUAUGUUUGUCCGUGUUGUUUCAAGUACUCGAGAGAACUUGUCUCGUGGUCGGAACAUGUCCGGCUCUGCGAGAGCAAGGCAGAGAUCCCGGGAAAGAAGAUCUAUAUACAUCCCAAGGGCAAGAGGAAGGUGAAGGUAUCGGCUGCUGCGCCUGCAGUGGUGGAAAAUGCGAAAGGCAAGGGCAGAAAGAAGGAGAUGCCAGCGCCUGUGGUGGAAGAAGUUGUCGUAAGCGACGAGGGCGAAUGGAGUGUUUGGGAGCUUGACGGGGAGGUCGACGGGCUAUUCUGCCAGAAUCUCUCCCUCUUCGCGAAGCUUUUCCUAGAUAACAAAUCGGUAUUUUUCGAUGUGACCGGUUUCAACUACUUCUUACUCGUCUACACCCCUCCUCCUCCACCUUCGCCACAAGCAACGCAAUCACGCAACGACAGCCCAUCAUCGGAUCCCGCAAAACUGCCCUCCUCUAUUUCUGCUCCCCCAAGACCACAAAUCAUCGGCUUCUUCUCCAAGGAGAAAAUGUCCUGGGAUAACAAUAAUCUAGCGUGCAUCCUUGUCUUCCCACCCUGGCAGCGCAAAGGUCUCGGCUCGCUGCUCAUGGGCGUUUCGUACGAGAUCUCGCGACGCGAGAGGGUUCUCGGCGGUCCAGAGAAGCCCAUCUCGGAUCUGGGAAGGAAGGGAUACAAGCGCUUCUGGGCAGGGGAGAUUGCGCGUUGGCUUCUAAGCGUUGAGUUACCUGUGCCAGCUGAGGAAGAGGAGCAACGUGAGACGAUUGUGGAUAUUGAGGAAAUUAGCCAGGCUACUUGGAUCGCGCCCGAGGAUUGCCUUGCGGUGCUGAGGGAGAUGAGUAUCGUGGAAGAGGCGGGGGUAGGGCUGCCUAAGGGGGCAAUAACAGAAGAGGCUGUCGAGGAGGAGGGGAAGGAGAAAGACAAGGAGAAAGAAGUGAAGGAGGUGCCGAGGGUCCGAGUUGAUAAGGAUGCCAUUAGGAGGUGGGUGGGGACGAACAAGAUCUCCUUGGAGAAGACAUGUGAUCCGGAUGGCUUUGUGGAAGGGUAUGCUGUUAAGGAGGUUGAGGUUGGAGAAGAGGAGUAGUGCAAAAGAGCAAGUGCAAAAGAUCAGGUGUGAUUGCAUGGUGGCAAUGUAUUUGCUAGCUUUAUGCAUGGAUAUUGCCGACAUAGAUGCGUGCCCUAGCUGCUGAUGGCAGCGAUUGAUGAAUCGUCAAGUUCCCGGUUUUGCUCAAUGCUUGUCGAUGCUAAGUCGUGCUUUCUCGACAC